CACAGAUACAAGAGGAAAAAUGCAAAGAAUGAUCAGCAAAGGGGGCGCGACCACCUGUCUUUAUAGGCAGGAGCGAGGAAAAUUCUAUCGCAUAGGACCAUGUGUUAUGCGCACGAGGUCAGUAGGGCAGAUUGUAGUGUACCUAGUACUUCUAGCAGUAUAUUGCGCUACUGAGGAGUUGUAUCCACCAAGGUAGUUAGAUAAUUGAGCGUGUAGAACCACGAGGUCAGGGAAGCUUGUUUCAUUCGACGGCUGCCAUUUCGGCUAAUUGAACCGCAGGCAACAGUUCAAUCGCUUAGUAGUAUUGUUUGUAAAAACUAGUCUGGGAUUGGGUCGCGGGAUGGGACAGAACGAAGGAAGUUCAGGGCCCCUUGCAGUACAGACAGGAAUACUCCGGAGGACAUGCGACAACGACUUCGAUCCCGGUGAAGUGGGGCCCGGAAUCAGGUCUGGGCGAAUGCUUAUCCACACCCUCGGUGGGGUCG